AUGCACCAAAGCCAACCACCCCGCUCAAAACCAGAAGCCGCCGCCGCCGCCGCCGCCGACGACGACGACGAGAACAUCUGGACUCCGCUGCAGCUCGCCGCCGCGCACGGCGACCUACCCCUCGUGAAGCACCUCCUAACCCAGCAGCAGCAGCAGCAGCCACCACAGAACCCCAACGAAUCCCCACGAGGCUACUACGGCCACACCGCGCUGCAAGCGGCCUCGCUCAACGGCUACCUAGCCAUCGUCGAGACCCUGUUAUCCGCCGGCGCGGCCGUCGACCUCCCCGGCGGCAACAACGGCGGACGGACGGCGCUGGUCCUGGCGGCGGGCGCGGGCCACUUCGGCGUCGUGCGCCAUCUGGUCGUCGUGGCGGGCGCGGAGAUCAACCGGCCACCGCACAAGUACAACGGGCGGACGGCGCUGCAGGCCGCCGCGGAGGGGGGCCAUGCCGCGGUGGUGCGGUGGCUGCUGGCGCAGGGCGCGGACGUCAACGCGCGGCCGGCUGUCAACCGCGGCCGCACGGCGCUACAGGCGGCGGCGAGUGAGGGCCACGACGGCAUCGUAGAGCUGUUACUGCACCCGCACCACCGCGCCGAGGUGAACGCUCCCGCGGUUCGGUAUCAGGGGGUCACGGCGCUCCAGGGCGCGUCGUGGGCGGGACACCGCGCGACGGUGCGGCGGCUGUUGGCCGCGGGCGCGGAGGUGAACGCCCCCGGCGGCCAGUACAAGGGCUACACGGCGCUGGCGGCCGCGGCGGAAGGCGGCCAUUUGGAGGUUGUGCGGUUGCUGCUGGAUGCCGGGGCGGAUGUGUCGAUGCGAUCCGGGAAUAAGAUGUGGACGGCCGCGCGGAUAGCGGUCUCGCGAGGCCACGGGGAGAUCGCGCAGCUUUUACGGCAGGUUGAGCACAACGCCGGCGUUGUGGGAGUGGAUGGCUGUGUUAGUGAAUAUGAAGGGGGUUUGGGACCACCGGCCUCUUUGUCCCUGGGGUUCCGCAGGGUCUAUGUAUAUUUUUAG